GAAUUUUCCAUAUAAAAGAGAGCAUUUGACCAUAUUAACCCCAUAAGCCAAAAAUCAAAGGUUAAAAAUGGUAUCUUUGUUUGUUAUUCGAUGUAUACUCAUCUUCGCCGUCACCGUUCGACACGAGCUCCUUCUUCUCUCCUUCGCCCGAUCGGCAGAGCAAAACCCUAAUCCGGCGAUCGCCGGAGCACCACCAUCUCGACUCCUUGAACCUUCUUCCCUUUUCUCUCUAUGAGGACCCGCAACGCUGAUAGCCCCAAGCCACCGGCCGGUAAGAAGACUCCUCCGGCCAAGAAAGGCGCCGUCCCAUCGCCGAAGUCCACUGCCGGACAGAAAGGAGCUAAGGGGAAGCAGGCCGCCGCCAAGACCCAAGCUAAAGUUGAAGAAGCACCGGGUUCUGUUGAGGAGAAGAAGAUGGUGAAAGCACCGGAGAAGAAGAGCGGAGGGAAGGGCAAGUCGCCUCUUGGUGCGAAAGCUGUUGCUGUGGUGGUAGUUGAGAAAGCAGAGGAGGUCGCUGAAGAAACCUUGACUUCGAUUGUGGUGCCUAUUCUUGAAGUAAUGGAGAGCAAGGAGGGGAAUAAGCCUGGCCAGGAACUAAAUCUUGAACCGGUUCUUGAUUAUAAGGAUGCUGCUGGUGGAGAGGAGCAGCGGAUGGAGGAGGACAGUGAGGUUGUGGCGGUUGAAGAAGCUGUUGAGGGGGAUGAGGUUGUGGAAGAGGAGGCAGGAGGGGAAGGAGAAGGGGAGGGUGAUGAAGGGGAUGAUGAUAAAGGUGCCAGGAUGGAGGAGCAGAUUGAGAUCUCGAACAUGGCAAAAGCCAGGAUGAUCAAGAAGGAGCAGGAGAUCUUUGUUGGGGGUUUGGACCGAGAUGCUGUGGAGGACGACCUCAAGAAGGUGUUUGAGAGGGUUGGUGAGGUGGUUGAAAUCCGCCUUCACAAGGAUUUCAAUACCAAUAAGAACAAAGGGUUUGCAUUUGUGAAGUUUGCGAGCAAGGAGCAGGCGGCAAAGGCUCUCACUGAGCUGAAAAAUCCUAUGAUACGUGGAAAACGUUGUGGUGUUGCAGUUAGUGAGGACAAUGACACACUGUUCUUAGGUAACAUAUGCAAUACGUGGACGAAGGAAGCGAUAAAGAAUAAAUUGAAGGAAUACUGUGUUGAUGGAGUUGAAAGGAUCACCUUGGUUGCUGAUAGUCAAAAUGAAGGACUGAGUCGGGGAUUUGCCUUCUUGGAGUUCUCUUGCCAUGCUGAGGCAAUGCUUGCUUACAAGAGGCUUCAGAAACCAGAUGUCAUAUUUGGUCAUCAUGAGAGGACUGCAAAAGUGGCUUUUGCUGAGCCAUUGCACGAACCUGACCCAGAAGUUAUGUCCCAGGUUAAGUCAGUUUUUAUCGAUGGUCUGCCACCCUAUUGGGAUGAAGACCGUGUGAAAGAGCAGUUUAAAGAAUAUGGAGAGAUUGAACGUGUGGCCCUUGCGCGCAAUAUGUCAAAAGCAAGAAGAAAUGAUUUUGGAUUUGUCAACUUCACAACUCAUGAAGCAGCUGUUGCUUGUGCUAAUGGUGUAAGCGAUACAGAAUUGGGUGAUGGAAGGUCUAAGAUGAAAGCAAGAGCUAGGCUUGCAAAUCCAUUCCCAAAAACCCAGGCAGUGAAAGGUGGAAUGAGUGGUGGAUAUAGAAUUGCUCACUUUGGCUUUGGCAGAGGAGGGUUUGGAAGAGGAGGGUUUGGAAGGGGAGGGCAUUUUCAACAUAGGGCUGGUUUUCGUGGUGGAAGGGGCUUUCAUCUGCGUGGGCGUGGUAGAGGUGGAAGAUUUUCUUUUACUGCUGAUAACAGCUUAGAAGUACCACACACUGAAUUUCAUAGCAGGAGGCCUUUUGGCUUCCGAGGAGGUAGAAGGGGUUCUGCUCCAAUGGACCAUAAUGUUUUUGAUGGAGGGCGUGGGAGAGGUUUCCCAGUGAGAAGGCCACCAUUGAUGCCAGGAGAAUUUGACAGACCUUUUAGUGCUAGGCACUUCAAUGAAGAUCCUUACUAUUUUGCUGAUGGUGGGCAUGGUAUUAAACGACCAUUUUCUAUGAUGGAACAUGAUCCUGGUUACUUAAAUCCUGGCAGUCGGCCACGCCCUCGCUAUGAUCGCCCAGAUCCUCUCUCUGGUGGAUCUCGCUAUAGUGAUACUGUGGGAAUGGCUGGCUCGUAUGCAAGUGACUAUUAUGGUUCUGAUUAUGGAGGUGGCCCAUAUUCAUCUCUUUAUGGUGGUGGGGAGCAUUCUCAGGGUGGCUACUUCUAUUAGAUGUUGCUGGAAAUUUCUCUGCUGGAAGAAAGACCUUUCAAAGAUCGCUGAUUAUAUUUCUUCCUCCUGGUUCCAUAGUUUAAAUUGUUUGACCUUAAGAUCAUUUUGUUACCAUCAUUAAGCUGAAAUGUUGUUUGGUCUAGUUUACUACCGUGUAGGUACUUGAUACUAGGGUUAUGGAUGUUGUAUCUGAUAAAUGAUGGACGCCCUUUUGCAUGACAAAUCUUGGGGCUAGAAGUCUGUUAUAAACAGACUCAUCAACAUGGACUCUUUGAAUCAAUUUGGAGAUGGAAUCUAUGAUUGUGAAAAUGAGUUCGGCUGAUUUGAUGAUUACUUGAGAAUAAUGGAAACAAAGAAGAUGAAUAUUCUAGUGUUCAUGAGAUUGACUGCUAUUUUACUAUCAAAGAUACUGAAGUAUAAAGAUAUUAGAAAUUCCUGUCGGAUAGUUGAUGAAUUCAAUUUUAAAUAUUCUGCUGAAUUAGUUUUAUUGGAAGCUAUUUAUUCAUAUGUUGAAAGUUAAAUGGUGGGAUGGAACAACCCUCUUUAUAAUGGUUCCAUUGAAGAGUAGAACAAAUGUUAUUAUUCUUAGAUCUAAAUCAUGCCAUGUGAUGAUUAACAAAUUUAAUUUUCUUUUGGAUCUGGUUCGCGUUAAUGUGGAGAGUACCAUAAUCCCCUGGGCUGAAGAUUUUGUUAUUUUGAUUCUGGAGCUUCCGACUUUGUUGGUUUGUUCAUUUAAUCAGUUUCACAUUCUUCUAGACUCUUAAUCUGGAAAGUUGUGAAGAUUAUGUUUCCAAAUUAUAAUGAGGAUGAAAUGUGUUCUUGUAACCUGAUCAAAAGACUGAUUUGAUGAUAAGACUUGAAUUGACAUCAGCUUCAUGGGUCACUCAAUUAUUGGAUGUGGCAUAUGGGUGCCAUGAUUUGAAUUAUAUUCUGUUUGAUUCUUCCAGGCAAAUUUACUGAAGUAAAUGAUGCCUUUAGCUCUUACAAAUGAACAGCAGUUUGUGGAUCAGAGAGUUUUGAUUUUGGAUUGCUACCAUUAAUUUAAUAUAUAUAGGAGUCCCCUAUUAUUGUCUAAUACUGCACAUCUGAUUUGCAUCCCAUUUGUUUUGAACGGUGAACUGGUGUGUGUUUUCAUUUGGUUUUUGUGUUGACAGUUAUAUUGAUGGACCUGACAAAUUUUUAUUAUAUAAUUUGAUAGGUCAAGUUUUUAUAUGAUUGCCAUUCAUGUUUUUAUAGUAACCGGCCCUUAUUCCAAGUAAAGUAUAUUGUUAGACUUUGUUAUAAAACUGUGACCUUGAUUGUUAGACUAUUAGUUGUGUUUCUUAUUUGAAUAAAUUUAGUUGUUCCAAAAUCUGCCAAUUUUAUCUUUGAUGUAUUGCAUCUAGAAGGUAGGUGCUGAUGUCCUCUUCUCUUAGGUUCUUGGUUUAUGAGCAUCAUCCUGUAAGCAUCUUUUGAGCUACUGAUCUGCAGUCCAGGGUUCUGCGUGCUAGUCUAUCAUGUAGUUUGAAAAGCACACUAUUGUUUUUACUAAUGAUUAUGCUGAUAGUGAUGAUGAAUAGAAUAUUGGAAGUGGUUCCUUUACUAUGGCAUCAUUAUGAGAUACCCGUAGAAGACAUUUAUGCUCAUUUCUACUCUUUGAUUUGGUGCAAGACACUGGCUUGCUAUUCCCAAACUUUGCACUCAAGUUGCGGAGGAUAGAGGACAGGUAUAAUCAAUGAUUAGUGCCACUAAUCUACAUAUUGAGACAUAAUUGAAAUAGGUUUCACAAUAUGCAAAAUUAAAAUUGGGGUAUGUUUCUUUGUGAAAAUCAUUGGGGUAUCUUUUUUAACGAAAAUAAAUAAGAAAUUAGCUUAACUCAAUUUUGUAAAAUGAUCCUGUCUGAGCUGAUGUGAAAAAAAUUGUAAUAAAAACUUUACCUAGUGUGUAUUUGCAUAAACAAUUAUGUUCUAGGGGCAUAUUGCAAUUGCAGUAUUUAUGAGUCUUUACCAACAAAUGUCUAAAUUUACUUUGGCAUAUAUUCUAAAAGAACCUAAAAGAAAUAGUAACAAAGAAAUUUGAUGUUUGAAGAUGGCCCUUAAAUGUUGGGCAUGGAAAUAUAGGACUUCUAAUUGUUUCUAGGUUCUGCCUAUCAUUGGCAAAGCUGAAUGGGAGGAUCUGAUAUUGAAAUUAGAUAUUGUCUCUAGAAAGCGAAGGAUAAUGUUUAUGGCUUUGAACAAGGUUCCUGAAAGAUGAUAGCUUUCAUUUACAAUAAAGAUGUGAUGAACCCUAUUGCUUAUUGCAGAUGUCUUGUUAUAUAGUGACAAGUUGCACUUUUCCUUCAUAUUGUGCCAGAAGGAGAAAUGUUCUGGUUCUUUAUCGUAUUUAAAUGUGUGAUGAAGGUCUGUUUUUGGUUAGCAUGCGUGGCCAUAUCUUCUAUUCGGUUUUUCUAUAGCCCAAGUGGCACCCAUUUUGGCUUGCACCUUGAUUUUGUAUAUAAUCUAUUGUUGUUGCUGCUGUUACUGUUGUGUUCAAAUUUACGUUGACAAUGCUUGGUCUGUUACUUCUUUCCAUAAUUCCCAUUCCUAUAUGAUAUGGUCAAUCUACCAUCUAUAAUCUGCCCUGUUCAUAGUGCAAAUUCAGGCUUCUGCUUUAGGUUUGUAUCAGCUGGCUUGAUACAUGGCUCGCACUUAAAUGCAUUUCAAUUGUGUUUACACUAACCAUCUCUCUCUCAUUCUGAUUACAACACUUGCGUUUUGCGAUGGGAACCAUUAUUGUGCUGCAAUAUCAUAUAUUUUUGAAGAAUAUUUUUCAUUUUCACUUGUAAAGUAGAAAGGUCUAGAGAAGGUGGUUAGUACACAGUCAGAAACCUUGCUUUGUCUGUGCUCUUUGUUUUUCCAUUUGCUUCGGUUUUUGCUGUUUCUUUUUUUUCCUAAAGGUGGACAACCAGCACGACUUAAGUAAUAACAAGGAAUCAUAUGAGCAACAUUAUUGGAGAGGAUUGAGUUGGAGCUAGUAUGGUUCUUUUCUGUGUAUUUAUACUUUGUAUAAAUGGUGAUCAACCUAUUAGCUCUAUUCACUAUAAACUUUUGUUAGUCUUAUAUGGCGAUGAUAAUAGCCCACUCUUCUCUUUCUCUUCCCCGUUAUUUUGUUUUAUUUUAUAUUUUAUUUGUAACCCUCUAAUGCUUUGACAAUUGGAGAUUUAGGAUCAUGAGGAACCAGGUUAGUGAAGGGGAUCAUGGCGACUCUCGAUCAAGUUGGCUAUCUUUGAAAUCAGGCGUGGACUUAGGGAGGCCAGUGUGUGUGUGUGUGUGUGUGUGUGUGUGUUUGGUCUUAUCUGUAAAUUUAAGAAAUCAGUUCAAGAAACUCUAAAAAAAAGCAGCAAUGUACAUAUCUCUUGUAGCAAGAAGUUUAAUGUGUCAUUAUCAAGAUCAAGUUGUGUU